GCCCACUUCAGUUGAUUGUAGGUCAAUAAUACCAAUUGUCGUUGCUUGUUAUGGUUUUGUUUUUAUUAUGUAUAGAUUUGGUGAAAUGUAGUAGACAAGUGUGAAAGGAGAAUGCAUUAAGGACAUCGAAACUACGUUUAAACCAUGCAAUGUUUCCUGGUUAAGGUUGUUAAAGAUCCCAGAGCAGUACAAAUUAUGUUAAAAAAUGGCUUCUAGCACAUUCAGGCAGGUAGAAUGGGUGGAAAUAAUAGAGCCCAAGACUGGGGAGCAUAUGUACGCAAAUUUAGCCACAGGAGAGUGUGUGUGGGAUCCACCAGAAGGAGUGCCAGUGAAGAGGACUGACUCGAAUCAGUGGUGGGAACUAUUCGACUCAAACACAGCAAGAUUUUAUUACUAUAAUGCAAGCACUCAGAUAACAGUCUGGCAUAAGCCAAGUAACUGUGAUAUUAUACCUUUAGCCAAAUUGCAAACAUUAAAACACAAUACUGAUUGCACUCCGGCAGCUACAAGUCACCAAUCAACACAAACUGGUGAAUCAGCUGGCAGAGGUCCAGUGUUGAGUUUGAGUGCUAGCACACCACAAUUUCGACGCAAAUCCAGUGAACUUUGUAGAAGCAGCAGUUUCAGUCAACGCAGCACAGAAGGACCACUGUACUCAAAUUGGCAUGACUCACAUCUUCUACCCCUCGAAAAUUUUCUACUUAACAAUAGCAGAGAUUCAGAUAGUGAACACUCAGAUAGUGGAAGUGAAUCUUUGACUGGACAUGAACCAGAUAAUGAAGAUUCAGAUCAAUCAGAAGGCAGUUAUUUGCCGCAUAAAUUGCGCCCCGUGGAAUAUCUUAAUUUGCCAGCUUCAGUCACCGAGCCGCCACCUAGGGAAAGAGCUCCUGCGCCACCUCUUAAACCAUUGGCCGAGCCGCCGUUUCAGCCAGAGCGGGAAGCGGAUAUGGAGAAGUUUGCUGCGGAUAAUUUGAAUUUAGGUGCUCGUGGCUUAUUCAGACGCAAAACAAGUAUACGCGAUCUUUUGAGUUGGUCAUCUAGAGCGCUUCAAAGGCCACUGUUGGCAUCCAGCAAGACGGUAACCAAGCAGGCGUUAGAGAUGUUCAGACAUGUUCAAGUGUACAUGGGAGAUCGCAAGGCAAGGCCCGACGUUUCUCUAAAUUCGGUCCUCGUUGAAAUCCUCAAUGCAGCGCACACGCAAGCCUUAUUAAGAGAUGAACUUUACGUGCAACUGUGUCGACAAACGACACAGAACAACCAGAAAGAAUCUCUACUGCGCGGUUGGGAGUUGUUGACCAUUGCACUGAACUUCAUUCCACCAUCGCCUACUUUUCAACCAGCCCUUUUGGGCUAUUUGAACAGACACAGGAAUCCUACGUUUUCCAAAGUCUUCCCAGAUGUAAGCCGAUGGCCCAUACACGUACAAGUGAACCAUUACGCGACUGUAGCGUGCCAAAGGUUAGAGCGAAUUGGAUCCGGCGGUAAGAAGACGGCUCGCAGACCGCAGCUGGACGACAUCGAAGCAGCACGAACCCAAAUCUUCCAAGCUAGUCUAUUCGGCAACACUCUUAGGGAAGUGAUGCAGCUACAGGCAGCCCGGUGGCCGAACCGGAAACUCCCUUGGCCCCAGGUGGAGCUAUCGAAACAAGUGCUGAAACUGCAAGGUCUAAGAACGGAAGGUAUAUUCCGCGUAUCUGCGGACGUCGAUGAAGUAGCUAGGCUGAAGGGGCAGAUGGACAGGUGGGAGCUGAGCGAACCCAGCGACGCCCACGUACCAGCCAACCUGUUGAAGCUCUGGCUGAGGGAACUGUACGAGCCCUUGAUACCGGACAUCCUUUAUCCCGAAUGCGUUGCGGAACCUAUGACUACUAGAAGAGCUUGUGAUUUAGUACUACGUUUACCUACACUACAUCGCUUGGUCUUGUGCUAUCUGGUACGCUUCCUGCAGACAUUCAAUAAGCCGGAAGUAGUGCAACAUACCAAAAUGGACGCUUCGAACCUGGCAAUGGUUUUCGCUCCGAACUGCCUGAAAUGCACGGCCAGCGAUCCGCGUACCAUGUUUGAUAACGCGAGAAAAGAAAUGGCUUUCAUGAGGUGCCUCAUCCAAGCGUUGGACACCGAAUGUGUGCGAGACAUGAUCUGACCUUACAGAAUUUCUUGCAAAUAAACAAUGCAAAAAGUAAUAAUAUGAAAGACCCGGCCCCCAAAUAUAACUCCCCCAGUUCCAAACAUACACCCCCAAAAUGUAUCCGUCUGUAUAUGUCUGUAACAGUGUUGUUCUGCAUCUGGACCGCAAAAGUAAUACCAAUUAAUUGUAACACCAAUACAAGAUUCUGUUUUUAUGCCCUAGAGAGACUUUCCUUUUUACGCGAUCUGUAUUUUUUUUUAAUUUCUUUGACUAAAUGACAUGACAUAGUCAGUAAGCUUAAGCAACAAAUUAGAUAAGAACAAACUAUGACAAAAAAUGUUUCACGUCUUCUGUAACAUUGCGUAUAAUUUGAUAUUCGU